GAAAAAGAAGAAGAAGAAAAGGAAGAAGAAAAGAAAAAGAAGAAGAAAAAGAAGAAGAAGUUGUCAACCAACCGGUUUAACGGUUUUAACCAAUGAAUGGAGACUGGGGAGGAAACAAUCCUCGACUCUUUCCUCUCCAGCUUUCUCUCUCUGGCUGCCUCUGAGCUGGUAAACACCACCAUGGAGUCAGAGCUGUGUUAGUUUCUGUAGUUUAUCCACCCCCAAACAGCUACAGAAACCAGCCCGACCAGCAGCUACCUCUCCUCGGAUCCCUCCACUGCUCCUCUCCGGUGUUUGUGUCUCUGACCGGUGGUCUGAUCUGACCGGUGCGAGUGGCUGCAGAGCUGCAGAGAUGUCCGACAACGGUGGCUCGGCUGUCGGCCUGCUGUCUUACGAGACGCUGGUUCAUGCUGUGGCAGGUGCAAUGGGGAGUGUGACAGCGAUGAGUGUCUUCUUCCCUCUGGACACAGCUAAAAGCAGACUGCAGGUGGAUGAGAAGAGAAAGUCUAACUCUACCCCCGUCAUCCUGGCUGAGAUAGCAAAGGAAGAAGGCCUUCAGUCUCUGUACAGAGGCUGGUUACCGGUCAUCUCCAGCCUCUGCUGCUCCAACUUCGUCUACUUCUACACCUUCAACACGCUGAAGAAGCUGGCGGCGGCAUCUGGUCCAGGGCAGUCCAGACCCAGCAAAGACCUGCUCAUGGGGGUCGUAUCAGGUGUGGUGAAUGUGAUCCUGACCACUCCCAUGUGGGUGGUCAACACUCGACUGAAGCUGCAGGGAGCAAAGUUCAGGAACGAGGACAUCCAGCAGACCCAGUACAGAGGCAUCUUUGAUGCUUUCUCACAGAUCAUCGCCAACGAGGGUGUGGGAACUCUGUGGAACGGCACCCUGCCCUCUCUCAUCCUCGUCCUCAACCCGGCUGUACAGUUCAUGAUUUAUGAGGCCAUGAAGAGGAGGGCAGGCAAGGGAGGGAAGAAGAUAUCCUCAGCUGAGAUCUUUCUCAUUGGAGCCGUUGCCAAGGCCAUUGCUACCACCGCAACAUUUCCUCUUCAGACAGUUCAGGCCAUCCUGAGGUUCGGCCAGUACAAAGGUGAUGGUAAGGGCGGUGCGAUUGGAAGCCUCUCCAGCAUUCUCUCCCUGCUAAUGGACAGAAUCAAGAGGUUUGGUUUCUUUGGUUUGUACAAAGGCCUGGAGGCCAAGCUGCUACAGACGGUACUGACGGCCGCCCUCAUGUUCGUUGUUUACGAGAAGAUCACCGCUGCUACCUUCAAAGUCAUGGGCCUGAACAAGAAACUGAAGCAGUGACCAAACACCUACUUGAAUACAGUACUGCGUUAGUAGUACACUCCUCGUCAGUAGGUUUUAUCAAUGCCCACCGAUGAUAUGUUGAUGCCAGGAGUUGUUUAAGUCACAUAACUGUUGUAAUAAGAGAGAGGAUUGGUGCCUUUUUGGGGUCACAGAUUCCCACACUCACAAACACAACCAGAGCUGGGUGUGAUACUUAUAAUACCCUCUCUUUCUAAACCUUUAACUCCAUUUGUUCCAUUUGUGCAGACUGACCUAUGUAAUCUCACCAGCUGAGAUUUUAAAACUAAUUGGGAAAAGCAUCACAGUAUUUCGUAAAGGAAAAGUUGACAUCAUAUGGCAUUAGGGGAAAUACGCUUAUUCGCCGUUAGAGUUGAGAUGAGAAGAUUGAUACCACUCAUCCAGGAAAUAUACUGGUCCGGACAAAGAAAUAGUUUGACCCGUAAAACGUUGAUUUGUCGGUUUUAAACUUCAAAGAUACAACAUGUAAAUAAGUGAGCUUUAGAGGUGCUGGUAGCUGGAUUUUGUUACCUCCAGCUAGACAGUUUACCCGUCUCCAGUCCUUAUGCUAAGCUAAGUUAGCCAACUGCUUUAGCUUCAUAUUUAACAGUCACAAACACGAGUCCGCUCAUCGAAACCUCUGCUAUAAAAGCGAAUAAGCGCAUUUCCAAAACUUUUCCUCAACUACUACCAAUAAGAUAAGCUAAGCUACUGGACCAUUCCUCACACACUCCGUCUUGUGUUUUAAAUGUGAAUUUAACUGAGUUUGAGAGAAACCUCAUGAAAUUCCUGUGCCGACUUUAGAUGUCAUCACACACAUAUUAGCAGUAAUAACAAUAACCUCAUAUUUAUAGACUUGUGUGUAAAAUCUGCACCUACUUUUUCCACCUAGGUUUUGAUUUUAACAAUUAUUAUUACGUAAAAAUGAAUUUAAUAUAAAUGGGAAUGAGGGCUUAACAAACUGAAACCGAGUCAAACUCGCAUGUGUACCAAUACUGCAGUAGGUGCUAAGUGCCUCUAAAUUGUAUCUGAAUAACUGAACUAUGAACUGAUAUAAAUGCUGUGAUGACUGUUGAUGAUUUACACGAACCCACAACUCAUUUAACCGUGUACUCAUGAUUUUAUUGGUUCGUAAGAACAUUUUGUCACGCAGGUGUCUUCCAUUAUUUAUCUCAGUGUCCUGCUAGUAGUACUAGUAGUAGUAGUAGUUGGUAUUCAGGGUUUGCAGUAAUUUACACUAUUUGUGUAUCACAAAGCUCUUUCUCUGAUUUGAUGAAUGGAAGUUUCUGCUGCCUUUCACCUUGAAACCAUUUAGAAAGUUGAUACACUCCUUUUGUCGCUGUUGAACUGGUUGUUUCAUUUGUUAACUUGAGUUUUAAUCAUUACACGAGGUGCUGCUCAGUAUCACUUUGUAAGAUCACAUUUAGGAGAUAACAUCCUUUUGACUGUUUACUGUAUUAAUUAGUGCCAGUGGUGUAGCCUAGUUGCAAGGUGUGAGGAUACUGUCAAUUUACCAAAAAAUAGACAUUAUUUACCAGAUAUGAGCUCCUCCACUAUUAAGUUUCAGACCUUUUUGCUGUCUCACACACCUUAUAUGUGCAUAUCAGUGAACUAUAUACCAGCUACAAAAUUAAUUAUGGGUAAUUUUUGUUCCUUUUUAAUUCAUAAUAUCAAAUAAAUGUAUAUUUCAAGUUGGGGGAUUGAAAUGUAGCUUUCACACAAAGGUGUUUAUGAAAAAAAAAAUGGCAAAGAGUGAGGCAAUAAAUGUCUGGUAAGGUAAGGCAGAUCAUUGAAACGAAAAUCUGAGGAUAGAAAGUGUGAAAAAGCAGAAAGCUCUGAACAAGUCAGGUGUUCGAAAGCUGGUGAAUGUGUCACUAUUUGUCAUAAAACAACGGCAAAGGCAGUGCUGCAAUAGCAACUAGACUACACCAUAUUAAUAACGGUCUUCUUCAUAAAUGAAAUGUUUUGUCUUAACAGUUUACAUGAAAAAAAAACUUGUAACUGCGGAUGCAAUACUUACUUGAAGUCAUCUUUGUUUAUUUACAUCACAAUCUUUUUUAACAAAUAUUGUUUCUAAUUUUGUUUCAAUUAACAUACCACUGUCUUGUGGGUUUGAAUUAUUGUUAUAAUAAAGUCUGAGGAACAA